AUGGCUGAGUCUUCUCCUCAGUGGUCCACCGCCAACCUCGGCGUCCUCGUCCCUGGCGAUCCCGUCCUCUCGCUGCGCUAUCUAGACAGUCAUCCCCUUCCCCCUCAGGAGCCGUACACAACUAUCAUAGCCGUCCACGGGACGGGGUACAAUUCCCGCAUCUGGCUCCCCCUCCUGCCGCAUCUUCCGCCCAGCGUCCGACUACUCGCGUUCAACCGCCGUGGCCACUUCGGCUCCUGUGCGCCGUACGUGAGUAGUCGGCCUGGAUCGGGGAACGUCGACGGGUUCGGGAGGCACGUGCUGGACUUGGCGGGGUUUGUCAGGUUUGCCGUCGAGGUUCUUGGAGUGACUCCGGCACGAAAGGAGGGAAGGAAAGGGGGGGUCGUAUUGCUGGGAUGGUGGAUUCAGUCAAAAGGCUGCGCCUACCUGCUCGGUCUUCUCUCUUUGCUCACUCCCGCUCCACACGUUCUCUCCCCUCCUGCGCCGAUCGACCCCUUCCUUCCCGCUCUUCGUCACAUCCAUGGUGCGAUUCUAUUCGAGCCUGUGCAGACGAUUUUCGGCCUUCCCGGCCCAGGUAUUGGCGGCCCAGGACUGGAAGGUGUAUUCCGGGAGGAGAUGAACGACACUUUCGGGGCACUUUUAUUUGAAACUGUACCGGAAGAGAAGCGUCGUAUUGUCGGAGAUGCGGAGGAUGGGGAGGAGGUGCUCAGGGAUGAUAUCAGGACUUGGAAUGGGGCGACAAAGGAGCAGAUGAUUGCGCUUUGUGAGAGGGCGGUAACCUCGGAGACAGGCGUUAAGCUCGCUACGCUAUACUGCGAAGGGACGAGCAUGGAAUUGCUUGUCAAUGGGGCGAAAUGGGUGAAUGAACGCUGCAAAGGAGUGCCUGGGUUCUGGCCGGGCAUUAUCAGGGGAGGAGACCAUUUCGUGAUGGCGACAGAUCCUGGAUUGUUUGCACAGAGUUUGAAGGAUGCGAUGAAGGGUAUGGAGAUUGGUUAUUAG